AUGGCGGCCGCAAGAUGGCGGCGAACGGGAUUUAGAGGCGGAUAGGGAAAGGCUUUUAUCUGCCUCUGCAGGGAUACUAUGUGUGGGUAGAGCAUUUUAUUUCACAUUUGUUGUUAUUUAAUCCUCUUUUUCUUUUCCCCAAUAGGCAGUUUUGCCUUUUCACUUUGAUUUUAUCCCCUAACAUUUUUUUAUCCCCUAACAUUUUUUAUCCCCUAACAUUACGUUUUUUUUAUCCCCAUUUGCACAGAGAAAUCCCUGAAGCACGAAAUAAUUCAGUUUUAGCCCUUUUUAAGCCCAUUUUGAUUCAGUUUUUUGGCAGGAUUCAGUGAAGAUAUGCUUCCAGAACCAGAAAUAACACAUCUUGAAGCCAAGAGAUGCUUCCAGAGCCAGAUAUAACACAUCUUGAAGUGCCAACAUGCCUCAAAAUGCAGAAAAUUGCCCCAAAAUAGGCAUGAAUCAGCAAGAACUGCAAUAGGAAUUGCCAACAUGCCUCAAAAUGCAGAAAAUUGCCCCAAAAUAGGCAUGAAUCAGCAAGAAACUGCAAUGGAAAGUGCCAACAUGCCUCAAAAUGCAGAAAAUUGCCCCAAAAUAGGCAUGAAUCAGCAAGAAACUGCAAUGGAAAGUGCCAACAUGCCUCAAAAUGCAGAAAAUUGCCCCAAAAUAGGCAUGACUCAGCAAGAAACCGCAAUGGAAAUGCUUUCCUUGGAUGACCCCGUAGAUAAGGAGCCAUUUGUUGGACGCCGCAAUGUGGUUUUUACGGCCCCUGUGAGCUCAAGAGUCUUAAGUUUCACUCCCGACGUUCCAGAUAUGGAGAGCUCAAAUGGCAAAGGUGAACGUCAGCUCUCCAGGGAUGAAGGAAUCUCUUCCAGGGUUUUCUGGUUGGAUCACAGCGAGAGGAUUCGCGUUCCUAAAGCGCCGAGUGAUGUGAAGAGCUCGAAUUGGAGCCAAUGGCCACAUAAUUCCAAGGGAAAACCCGUCUACACCCUUUCUAUCACCAUAACAAAGCCCUUCUCCAUCCACCCAUCCCCUUUUUGGGUUUGGAGGUUGUUAAAUCCCUUCUGAAAUUGCUAUAUUGAACACAUCCUUCAUUCUUUAUUUCUGAGGCAGCAAUUCAUUAACAAAGAUCGCACCAUGACUUCAUUCAGAGUGAGAUCAGCAAUUUUAGACAUCUUUUAUGAACUUCAUAUCAUCUCGUGUUGAUCAGCAGCUAAAAGAAACAACCAUGAAGGAAUAGGAGUUUAUCUCUGGGAGUGCUCUGCAUUUUCAUGCUUGUUUGGCUGAUAAAAGGAAGCUGGGAGGAUGAAAUAAUCCCAAAUGAUGAGAAAUUGUGGGUAUGGGAAGAGGUCCCCUCUGAUGAGAUAGGGGCAGAAGGGAGAAGACACGAGCUCAUCUCAUAUGUCUUUAUUUUAGGGCAAUGCUAACUGGUACUGCCACAUUAUUUGGGGCCAGGAGUGGCUGCUGCCCCACUGGUGCCCAGAAAUCAAUGCUGCCCCAUUGGGAUUGAGGUCUGCUCACAAACCACAUCCACCAACCAACCUAUGGCCGAUAGCAGAGAGGCAACCAAGUCAACCCUCCAUUUCUACCCCUCUCUGCAGAAACCUGUUGCUGUCUAUAUAGGGAUCCCCAUCCCUCCCCCAGCCCUCCUUCCAUCCUCAGCAUUUAGCUUGGCUAUAAUUAGGCUCUGGGAACGUCCCUCUUCUGCCAGCACAGCUGUUGUGUCUACAAUGAUCCUUCCAGCUCCCUACGGACACGUAAACCCUCCAGCAAUCCUAAAUACCUAUUUCCUGAAGUCCUGGGACAAACUGGGAGCUGCCAAAAAUCUCCAGCCCCCCAACAGACGUGACCAUCACAGCACCAAGGAGCGAAGCAACCGCAACGUGAUUACGGUGCAGGUCUGGGGCAGGCAUUUGGAAGUGGUUUAAUUGGGAAGAGGACGUGAUGAUGGCAUCAGGGAAGAGGAACGCGGAUCUUGAAGAAUGGGACGCCAAAAUCAGGAAGCUAACAGAAGAUUUUGAAGAGAGCGACACAGAGCUUGAGGAAUGUGACACAGAAGAUGGGGAACUCGCGGCUGAGAUCGACAAUCUGACUGCAGAGCUCGAGGAACGCGAUAGGAAAAUCAGGAAGCUCACAUCAGACCUUGGUGACGUUGACACAAAGCUCAAGGAACGCGAUAGGAAAAUCACCAAACUAUCAGCAGAAAUACGCAGACUGACUUCAUUGCUGGGGGACCGCGACUCAAAGCUCCGCAAACUGACAUCAGAACUCGCCAAGUGCGAUGCAACGAUCAGGCUAUUUACAGUGGAACUUGGUGAGCGUCACACCAAAAUAGGGGAACUCACUGCAGAAGUUGGGGACUACGAUAGGAAACUUCGGAAACAUGCAGCAGAACUCGAGGAACGUGAUCUGAAAAUCAGGGAACACGAAGCAGAGAUAAGGCGCCUCACUGAGCUGCUCGAGGACCGCGAUUCCGAUGCCCGAGAACGGGACAUCCUCAUUAGGAAGCUGUCAGAAGAGCUCGAGGAAUUAAGGGGUCAAGAAGUUGAGGAGAGUGAUCUGGAGACGGAUCUUUCCUUUCUUUUCUCUUUUUCCCCCUUUUCAGAGGAACGUGAUGCCAAAAUUGGUGAACUCUCCGCAGAAGUUGAAAAACAAGAGAGAAGAAUUGAUGAACUCACUGCAGAGCUCGAGCACUACAAAGCGAAAGCAAUAAAAUGUUUUGAGGAACAUGGGAGAAGCGAAGAAAAGUUGGUAAACGUGACUCUGGACCCGGAUACAGCCCACCCUCGCCUCAUUCUCUCAGAGGACCAAAAGAGCGUCAGAUGGGAAUACAGCUUUCAGGAAUCCCCCGAUGGCCCCGAGCGCUUUGACGUGGAUCCCUGUGUGUUGGGUUGUGAAUCUUUCACCUCUGGGAGGCACUGCUGGGUGGUGGAUCUCUCAGAAGGGCAGUACUGCGCCGUCGGGGUCAGCAGAGAGUCCCUACAGAGGAAAGGAGCCGUCAGCUUUAACCCUGAUGAAGGGAUCUGGGCUGUGCAGCAAUGGGGCUUCAAGAACAGAGCCCUCACCUCCCCUCCAACCCCACUGAACCUUCCAAGGGUUCCUAAAAAGAUCCGCAUCUCUCUGGACUACGAAUGGGGCGAGGUGGCGUUUUUUGAUGCGGAGAAUCAAAUCCCCAUCUUCACUUUUCCUCUGGCCCGCUUCGGUGGAGAACGGCUCCGGCCGUGGUUCUGGGUGGAGCUGGGCUCCCUCUCACUGCCCCGAUAACCCCACAAUCACUUGAAGGUGCCUUACAACAGCUCAUCAAGACCAGGGGUGGAAUAACUCAGGAAAAGCAGCAUCAAAACCUCAUUCUCCCUCUUCCCAAUCAGCCAUUGCUGUGCAAAGGAAAGGAAACUCAUCCUCAACAUCGUCAACAUCCUCUAUGUGUCGUGUCUGGUGGGCCCCAUUGAUGUAUGGGGGUGGCCCCUAUUGACGUGAGGUAGCACCCCAUUGAUGUGAGGUGGGCCCCAUUGACAUGUGGGGUGCCUCCCGUUGAUGUCUGGUGGGCCCCAUUGACCUAUGGGGUGCCUCCUAUUGAUGUCUGUUGGGCCCCAUUGACAUGUGGGGUGCCUCCUGUUGAUGUCUGGUGGGACCCAUUGACCUAUGGGGUGCCUCCUAUUGAUGUCUGUUGGGCCCCAUUGACAUGUGGGGUGCCUCCUGUUGAUGUCUGGUGGGACCCAUUGACCUAUGGGGUGCCUCCUGUUGAUGUCUGGUGGGCCCCAUUGACCUAUGGGUGCCUCCUGUUGAUGUCUGUUGGGCCCCAAUGACACGAGGUGGCCCCCCACUGACAUUAAAUUGGGCUCAGAUCUGGUUUGAGAAGAUGAUCCAAUUCCAACCAGAGUCCAGGAGACUUUGGGGAACGCAUGAAUCCUAUGGGAGAAUGGAUAACCCUUCAUCCAAGAGCAAGCUGGCACGAUGCUCUGGGGUGAAAACCCAUAACACUACAUGGUUUUAAGGUUUGGGGUGGCUCACAACUUACAGCUCUGCUUCCAGCAAGGUACUGGGAUGCCCUAAACCCAUGGAGAAGUCAAACCUUGAGAUCAUUGUGGGCCCAUCUGCAAUGGAAGGAGGCAAUUAUGGACAUCACCGAAGCCACCCCAAGCUUUGGGGAACUUUGGUUUUCACCUUUUGCUGCACUUUAAUAGGAUUUCUGCAUGUUCUUGGCCACCUGCUUAAAAUAAUAACCAUUAAAUCUUGCAUUUUGGCCCGCUAUGCGAUGGGCUGGUGGUUCCCAGCUCACAAUAAACCACUUGAGACUCUC